AUGCACCUCUUAAGUCUUGACUCUAACGGUAAACCUUACCUGACAGCUUUUCCCGAGCUUGAAGUACCAGCCUAUGUCAUUCUCUCUCAUAGAUGGGCAACUUCAAACGAGGAAGUUACUUUUAAAGACAUAAUGGAGAAUUCUGGUAGUGAAAAGGCUGGAUAUCAUAAGAUCGACUUUUGUGGACAACAGGCAAAAGUAGACGGCCUGAGUUACUUCUGGAUUGAUAGUUGUUGUAUUGACAAGUCGAGUGCUACAGAGCUCUCAAAAGCGAUCAACUCUAUGUUCAGAUGGUAUCGGAAUGCCAAGAAGUGCUACGUGUAUCUCACAGACGUUUCGAUGACAGCAAGUGCUGAGCGCAAGUCAUGGGAGCCAGCGUUCCGCAAAAGUCAAUGGUUUACAAGAGGAUGGACGCUGCAGGAGCUCCUGGCCCCGAGAGCUAUCGAGUUCUUCUCUAGAGAAGGUAAAAUACUUGGCGAUAAGAAAACCUUGGGAGGACUUCUCCGCACGGUCACCGAGAUUCCUUUUCAUGCUCUACAGGGAGUUCCAUUAUCUCAAUUCCCUGUCGAAGAAAAGUUCAGAUGGGCAGCCAAACGCCAAACAACAGAGGUAGAAGACAAAGCCUAUUCCCUCCUAGGUAUUUUCGACGUUGCUAUAGUCCCAAUUUAUGGUGAGGGAGAGAGGAAUGCUAUUUUCCGACUAAAGAAGGCCAUUGAGGAUAAGGAAAGCAUGCCGAAAGAGCUUGAUCCAGGAAAAACAAAUUGCGUCCGCAUGACAGUGCCAGCCGACCCGACUGGUGACUGUAUUUUACAUGUUACGAUGGGUGGACCCACGCUGCCGGAUAUCAUUUACAAAAUGACUGGUGUUAAAUUGAGGGUAGUGGAAGGCAAAUGGCAAGCUCUAUUUCCAAAUGGCUCUAGCUUGACGCCGUUCCCUUCAGUACGUAUUAAUGGCAUGAAUGAUGUGGGGAUCGCAAAAAUGUUCCCUAUAGAGAGCUCUCAUAGCAUCAUAGAAGGGUUGAGCACAAGCAACUUGUACGCGAAAGAAAAGGCAGGUGAGGCUCUUCUCCGUUCAUGUGUGUCAUUUCUUGUUCAAGCGGAUUCAGAAUGCGAUGUCAUUAUGGAACUGACACUUGGUCGCGCAGUGGCUGAUAGGAUUGCGCUACAACUCUAUGCCGACGGAUGA